AUGGCGGAUACGCCGUCUCUCCCCCUUCCCCUUGAUGCACGGGAACAGCCGAUUCUCGAUACCCUCAUGAAUAUUCGGGACGAGUUGACCCUGUUGAAGCAAGACAGGUCGACAUAUAUCAAAUCUUCUGACGUCUUAGCAAUUUACGACCGAGUGAUUGAGCAAGUGAAGCUUCUCAAUGACAUCCGAGCCGAGAAACCGCAAGAAGACAAUCGAGUCGACCGAGUCUUAGAUGGAUGCUUCCAGUUGCUCUCCUUGUUCUUCAUGACUAUUGGACGGAAUUCUGAAGCCCCUGCUGCUUACGCCUUGACAUCGACUAUACAGCGACUAUGCACGCACUUGAGAGAAGUGGAGUUGUACUCCGAAAAGGAUCUAAUUCACUUAUCGCAUACUUUGGCUCGACUCAGAACUAUUGUCCAGGAAGCAGAGGGGGCAUACUCGCCCUACUUCGUCACUCUGCUGUCCAAUCGCGUUGAGCUGUGCCAAGCAACACUUACGUUCCUUCAACGAAGGCUUGACAGACUCGGCGGAGACUUACUAUCUAUUCAAGAAAGACUGAUCUCAAUUUUACGGUCCAUAUCACUAGCAAAUACCAGGACAAAGUUCUCCGCGAAUGAAGUCGCACGUCUGCAGGCGCAGUUGAAGGAAAUCGAUGAUUUGAGAGUCGAUGGCAACUUUGUUUCUGAGAAUGGAGAAAUACCAGUUGGUAAUGAGGAAAUCUGCGAUCUCUUGAACAAAGUCUUGCUCUGGUCUGAGAUCGUGCAGCAAAGGAAAGGAAUGAUGCCAGAUAACUUCAGCUCAGCCUAUCAGGAACUGAUCGAAAUUCGGAAUAAUCUGGAAAAACUAUCACUUACCCAGGCGUGGUCAUUACGAGAAACCGACCUGUAUGACUACCAACGACAACUGGACAAGAUUGACGAGAGCCGUAUCGAUGGAAAUUUUGUGGAUGCUGACGGCAAAUUUGCUGAGCUUUAUGUUCAACGAACAUUGCUGUACCUCAUCCGAAGAAGUUAUGGUUACAUUUACUACUUGAUGGUGUCCUCAGAACCUGUCUCCGAAGCUCUUUUGCCGGUUUACAACCAGCUUCAAACACUAAGACGAUGCCUUAUUGAAGUCAAGAAUUCGGGAGGAAUCAACUCGAUUGACAACAUGAGAGUCGAUGGAAAGUUCAUGGUCGGUGAUGACAUCCCCGAAGGCCAAGGAAGUGUGAACGAUUUACUGGCAGAGUGCUUCGAGCUCGCCUACGAUUUGCGUGUCGCAGCCGCCGAUGGCGAAGAGAAGGAGGAUUCUGCGGGUAGUGAUGGCGUUCGGAAACCUGCGGUAUAA